AUGGCGGAUACAUCAAACCUUCUUCUCAACCCUGAUGAUUCUCAAACUCAUCCUCUCCUCGAAAGAUACUCCAAAACCUUUGACGAGACAAUAGAACGAUUCAUUGGAAGUUUCGGCUGGGCUCAAUUACUGCAAGCCGUGCUUGUAUCUUUUGCAUGGGUUUUCGAUGCACAACAAACUUUUAUAAGUGUGUUCGCAGAUGCAGAACCAGCAUGGCACUGUAUAGAUUCCCAUAUUGAGUUGUGCAACUCGACAACGAUCUCCAACUUGUGUAAAUUGCCUCGAAACGCAUGGACAUGGAAUGAACCGAUCCAAACAUCAACAGUCUCGGAAUGGGGCCUAUCUUGUUGGGGUCCUGUUGUUGCAGGUUUACCAACUUCAUCUUUCUUCUUCGGUUGUCUACUGGGUGGACUUGUUCUUGCUACAUUAGCCGACUCGAAACUUGGUAGGAAAAACUUAUUAGUUAUUUCAUGCCUUAUAAUGUCUUCAUCAACUUUGUUAACAGCGUUUUCACCUAAUAUCUGGAUCUACUCAAUUCUAAGAUUCGUAACCGGGUUUGGCCGGGCCACAAUAGGUACCUGCUCACUUGUUCUAUCAACAGAAAUCGUUGGAAAAAGUCGCCGUGAUAAGGUGGGUAUUAUUGGGUUCAUUUGUUUCACUCUUGGCUUCUUAUCAUUACCAGUCAUGGCUUAUUUAACAAGAGGAUAUUCUUGGAGAAUUCUUUAUAUCUUAACUUCGGUUCCAGCAAUUGUUUACUCUGUUAUGGUUCACUUCAUGACUUAUGAAUCUCCAAGGUGGUUAAUGGUGCAAGGAAGAAAAGAAGAAGCCAUUAAUACUUUGAAGAGUAUUGCUUCUCCUGAUCCUGAUUUAUAUGGAAGUAAUAAUAAUUUGUUGAGCAUAAGUUUAUCGGGUAUCGACCUAUCUAUAGAGCCAAAACAAUCCAACACAGAUUUAUACGCCUCAAUCAAAUUGUUGUGGGAUACAACAUGGGCUUUUAGGAGACUGUCUGCCGUUAUGGUAGUUUCAUUCGGAGUCGGAAUGAUGUACUACGGGAUCCCGUUAGGCGUUGGGAGUUUGGCUUCAAGUCUUUAUUUAAGUGUUACGUUAAAUGCACUAUCAGAGUUGCCAUCUUCGUUAAUCACCUAUUUCCUAAUAGGAAGACUGAGAAGAAGGAGUUCAAUGUUGUUUUUCACAAUGUUGAGUGGUUUUUGUAGCAUCAUGUGUGUGGUUAUCCACCAAGGACAACAAGCAUUGAGAAUCGGUGUUGAACUAGUAUCAUUCUUUAGCGCAUGUACGGCGUUUAACGUGCUAUUGAUAUACACAUUAGAACUGUUUCCAACCUGCGUGAGGAAUUCAGCACUGUCAAUGGCGAGACAAGCUCUUGUUUUUGGUGGUAUUUUUAGUCCAAUAUUGAUUGCAGCUGAAAGAGGAGUUGAUGACAAUGGAUUCUUAUCAUAUGGAGUAUUUGGAUUGGUGAUUGUUGUUUGCGGGUUGUUUACUUUUUGUUUGCCAGAGACAAGAGGUGAGAUCAUUUGUGACACCAUGGAAGAAGAAGAAGAUAAAAAGGCAAAGAAUAUUAUUGUUGAAGCACCUGGUAACAAGACAUUGGUAACCCUUGUGUAG